UGGUCAUGUUGAUAUAAAUCUUGAUGCUCCAGUCCACAUGAAUAAUGAACACCAAGCAUAAUCACCAAGCAAAUCAUACCCAUCUUUGCAUCGUUGUCCAUAGUGGGGACCCGACUCUUUUAACCCGCCCAACUCGUUAAAACAAACACAACCUUUUGACCAAUUGCUCGUGCUUCUGCCUCUUCAAAAAUUUGCCUGCAUUGCAAUUCCCGUUUCUCACUUUAUUUUCUGGAAAACCGACUUUUUUUUAAAGUUCUCAGAUUCAUAAACACAGCACACAUGGUUCAAAAAACUUCGAUUUUUGUUUUUCUGCCUCGAAACCGUUACAUUCAGUGGUUCACAAACCCAAUGAAUCCAAAUUGACCAAACCCAUCUCCCAAAAUCCACUCUUUGUCCGACUCUGACCUCUCUGCUUUCUUAUCUUCGCUUUCCAAUAAAGACUCCCAUUCCUGCAAACACUUCCCACUCUUCUUUUUCGUUUCUGGGUUCUUGUAAUUCUUCCUCCCCUGAUUGGGUUUCAUCAGUUUUGCUUCAAAGUUCAAACCUUUUUUCCCGCCCAGUAAUCCAUCAUUGUAUGUUGUGAGUUCUGCUGUGGAGUUUGUAGUAAUGGGUGGGGUGGAAGUGAUAAAGAGCAAGGGUUGUUCUAGAUUGUCUGGUGGUUUAUCUUCUCCGUUGCCUUCGUUUAAGGUUCAGAAAACUUUUGGGCCAAUGUCUCCGGCAGCCAACUCUAUUGGGUCAGAGACGGUCGUCCGAUCAAACGCACCGUUUUCCGGGCUUGUUAUAUGCGUUACUGGUUUGUCUAAAGAAGCGAGGAAACAAGUGAUGGAAGCAACUGAGAGAUUGGGAGGGCAGUAUAGCCCUCACUUGCAUCCCCAAUGUACACAUUUGGUGGUCCAAAGCUUUGGUGGUCGCAAAUUUGAGCAUGCUCUGAAGCAUGGAUCGAGAAAUGGCCUCUCUAUUGUUACGAUUGGGUGGUUUGUGGAUAGUGUUAGGAAGAAUGUGAGGCUGAGUGAAUCACUCUAUAGUAUCAGGAGUUUGGGACAGAAUGGUAUUCGUUUGGAUGAGUUGAAUAGGCUUGUUGGGUUUUCUGGUACGGAAAAUUCUUGUCUGCCUGUUGCUGCUCAUGGAACCAAGCAGUUAAGCACGAUUGAAGAACCACAAUUUUCUGGAAGAGAGUCUAACUGUAAUAGAAGUUCUGAUUCUACCCUAUCCGGUCACUCCAUGUAUGUCGACUUGGAUAUAUCCGCUGAACUGAGGAACAAGGUUAUUCAGGCUGCUAGUAGAGAGGGUGCCACAUUCCUGGAUCAAUGGUUUGUUGGUUGCCGAGCCAGUCAUGUGGUGUGUGAAGGGUCUUCCAGCCGUAAAUAUCUUGGCCACUCUAGCAAUAUCGUUACACCACUGUGGGUUUUGAAAACAGUCAAGGAGAAGUAUGUGCAAAGGCUUGUGUAUAUGUCUGCAGACUUGGCCCGGCAAGUUGGUAUGAUACUUGAAGAUUUGCAAAAUGGCAAUGCAGAUGAGGAAACAACUGAGCAAAAUGUCCCUGAAGAUGCUCAGACUUACAGAAAUAUAGCAAACCUUGAGAAGAGGCAAAAGAUUGUGAAUUCUGCUAAAACUGGGGUUAGAAAUCGCCGUGGUCUUCGAAUGCAGACCUGUCAAACCCCCAUGCGUCCAAUAACUCCUAGCAGCCUUCUGGAUUCCAUUUGCUGGUCAAUUUCAGAGCCAACUUCGGCGGCGUCCAUCUACACCGAGACUUUCAGUUCUGAAGAUGUUGGUGAACAUCAAACAUCUGUAUUCUUUGAUGCAAAAGGUGAUGGCAAGGAAUCAGAAGCUUCAUUUGCAAACUUAACUAGACCACUCAAGGAAAGUGAGAAAUCGGAACUGAUAUUUAAAAACCAUUUUCUUACCAUCCUUUUCCCAAUUGACCGAUUUGCUGAGAUGGGGCCAUCCUCCAGAACUUUUUUCAGCAAUGAUGGGUUUACAUGCUUGCAGGUGUUAGAUCAUAUCUAUGCAUAUUACCAGGAGAGCAUGUCAGUCCACGAAAUAGAGGCUGCAAUUCACACAGACUCGAAGCACGCAGAUCGGCUUCGAUCAGUGUAUGCAAGUAAAGAGACAGCAGAACGCGGUUAUGCAAUUUUCAAACGGAUCGACUUUCUAGGGAGUCGCAGAAGUUUUGAAAUGUUGAAGCGUGUUAACGGAGACAACAACAGUAAUGUAUAUGAGUUGUUAAUCAGAGCCUAAGAAGUAAACAGUAUAUCUCCAUGCCAAAUGCCUUCACCUGACAUGAUUUCAAAGGAAAAAACUACCACAGCUAGUACUCAAAUUAUUUAUAGGAGUGCGUGCUUUGUGUGCACAAGAAAUUUUGAAUGAGUUGGUAUCCCUACAGUAUUAUAUGCUUUCUUAUCAAUCAAAACGUACAAAGUCGAAUCAUUUGUUGA